UUCAUUGUUUUUAUUAUUAAAAAUCUGAAAAGUCGUUGGACAUAAAAUAAUUGUUAUUAAUUAUUUUAAAAAUGGAAAAAAUUUUAAAUCAUCGUGACAGAUAUAUUUGUUCAGUACCGAGUAGUGAAGUAGUAAAAGAAAAAUUUAAUGACCUUUUAGCACAAUUGGAUAAAUUAAACCGUCAAAGUUAUGAUCAGCUAGCACAAGACGCAGAGAAGAUACAAAAUCAAAAAGACAAAAUUACUGAUUUAAAAAAAAAAUUAUUAAUUGGAGAAAAAAACAAGAAGUCUUUUGAAAAAGAAUUACUAAGUCAGGCUGAAUUAUUGGAGGAACUAAAUACUGAAAAAACACACAUAAUAGUAGAAAACAUAGAAAUUGAAUCGAGGAAAAAUCAAAUAAAACCUAAAAAAAAUACCAGUAAUGAUGACCAAAUUUUCGAAAGGGAAAGAAUAAAAUUAAAGUACUACAGAAUGUUAACGAAUAUCAAAUGGGAUUAUCAGGAUGUAAGAACUUCAAUCAGAGGCUUGAUUACAAAUCGCAAGGACUACACGCAAAAAUUUUAUUAUGACAAUGACGACGAGAAAGUAGAAGAAAAACUUUGGAAAGAAAUUGAAAAAUGUGCGGACUUUGAUUUAAAAAAAGACUCCCCACCUCAUUAACAAUGACACUUUCGAAAAGUAUUUUAUAAUUUAUAACUAAUUGAUUAAAUUUUAAAUAUAGUAUUUAAGUAUUUCAAUAUAAUUUUCAUCUAUUUAUAUGAUAGGUAUUUUAAUUAUCUUUAAGACUAUAUUACAGUGAAAGCUAUUAAAAGUUACCAUAGUUCUCUUUCACUGUUUUCAUAAAACGCUAACAAGAGCAAGAAAGACAACCUGGGUAACUUUUAACAGCUUUCACUGUAAUAUUUAGGUGUUACACAUUAACUGUUGUUGUUUUCAAGAACUUGUUCAUUUUUUAACCUUGCAAGCAGUACAAUUGUCCAUUGUUUUAACAUAUUUUAUAUUAUUUAUUAUAUAUUUAAAGACCUGGCUGUCUCGA